AUGCUUGGUUAUGACGAGUUUUUCCCCAUUCAAGCAACAUAUUCAACUGGCACUAACCCAUACUCUGUAGCUGUUGGCGAUUUUAACAACGACAUCCGACUGGAUAUCGUCGUUACUAAUCUGAAUAACAACACUGUCAGUGUACUUCUCGGAUAUGGCAAUGGCUCGUUCGCAGAUCAAGUGACGUAUUCAACUGGUGCUGGACCAAUCUCUGUAGCUGUUGGGGAUUUAAAUAAUGACAACCAAUUGGAUAUCGUUGUUGUUAAUUUUUAUGACGACACUGUAAGUGUAUUUAUGGGAUAUGACAAUGGUUCUUUUGCAAAUCAAACGAAAUAUUCAACUGGCUCUUCGCCAUGGUCUGCAGCUGUUGAUGACUUUAAUAACGAUACCUAUCUGGAUAUCGUUGUUGCUAAUUAUGGUGGCAACACUAUAAAUGUUCUUCUCGGAUAUGGUAAUGGUUCUUUUGCAAAUCAGAUGACAUAUUCAACUGGCUCUAAUGCACAGUCUGUAGCUGUUGGCGAUUUAAAUAAUGACACCCGAUUGGAUAUCGUCGUUGUUAAUUAUGGUGACAACACUAUAAGUAUUCUUCUUGGCUAUGGCAAUGGUUCUUUUGCAAAUCAAACGACAUAUUCAACCGGCUCAAACCCAUGCCUAUUGGACAUCGUUGUUGUCAAUUAUGGUAGUAAUAACAUAGGUCUUCUUCUUGGACAUGGAACUGGCACUUUUGGAAACCAAAUGGUACUCUCAACGGGCUUAAAUUCUAAUCCUUACACAAUGGCUAUCCGUGAUUUCAAUAAAGACGGUCAAGCGGAUAUAGCCGUGACCAAUUAUGGUUCUAAAAAUCUUGUUAUGUUUCUGGGAAGUGGGAACGGAACAUUUGAAAAUCGAGGAAGUUACGGUGUAGAUUUCGAUUUUGCUCCAUUAGUAAUUGGUGCUGGUAGUUUCAACAAAGAUGGACGUUCAGAAAUUUUUGUCGCAUAUGAUGGCAUCGGUCAUUUAUAUUCAUCAUGGAAAGCGAAAGAUAUUACAACAUUUGCUCUUCAAACGGAAAAUCCACUUUGUUAUACAACGAGAAAUGCUUUGAGACGCAAAGUUUGGAGAAUAUUGAAGAGAAACAAAGUAAAACACUUACCAAAAUCAAGUGCACCUCGUACAACAACAACAAUUGAAUAUAUUCAAGCUGAAGUGAAAAGCUCAUUAAAAUUAAAAUGGUGGAAACAACAAACAGUUCAAAAAUUAACUACAAAUCAAAAAGUUCAACGUAUUAUUAUUGCGAAACGGUUAAGCAAAAAAUAUGGUACCAAGAAAAAACACAAACUUUAUGAAUGGAUUUAUCUUUUGAAUACUGAUUUUAGUAAUACAUUCACAUUAAUUCCUCAAUACAAUCAGCACAAUGAAUGUGUCUAUGCUGAAUCAACAAGUGAUACUCGAUAUGAAUUAAAAACCAAAUCAAAACAGAAAUUUCAUAUAACUGUUAUGUUUUGGGGUGGUAUUUCUUACCAAGGAUUAUUUUCGAAGAAAUCUCCAAUUUUUAUUGAUGAAUGUUUAGAGCUAAUCAGACCAGAAGGCGAUAAUCGUCAUAAGAAAAUGUAUUUUAUUGGUGACCGAUAUGCAAAGUUUAUUCGAACUACUAUGGUAAAAAAAGCACCUGCAGAAUUAGAUGAUUUACAAAAUGUUAUUUUUCAAGAUGAUCAAGAUCGUAUACAAAAGAUGCAGGUGGUAUUGGGUGCUGUUAAACAUUUCAUUUUUAUUAAUCGAAUUGAACCAAUAGAUUGUGCUACAAAACUAGCCGACGUUUGGUCCAUAGAAAACGUUUAG